AUGGGCAGAGGAGAAAUCCUAGAAAGAAAGAUGAGCACCCAGGACCUCUCAGAUCUAUGGAGCAGAUCGGAUGGAGACGCUGAGCUGCUGCAGGACUUGGGGUGGUACCAUGCCAACCUCUCGCGCCACGCGGCCGAGGCUCUUCUGCUCUCCAACGGAUGCGACGGAAGCUACCUUCUGAGGGACAGCAACGAGAGGACCGGGCUGUACUCUCUGUCUGUGAGAGCCAAAGACUCUGUCAAACACUUUCAUGUUGAAUAUACUGGAUAUUCACUUAAAUUUGGCUUUAACGAAUUCCCAUCUUUGAAGGAUUUUGUCAAGCAUUUUGCAAAUCAGCCGUUGAUUGGAAGUGAGACAGGCACUCUGAUUGUUCUGAAACAUCCCUAUCCAAGAACAGUGGAGGAACCUUCCAUUUAUGAAUCUGUCCGAGUUCACACAGCAAUGCAGACAGGAAGAACAGAAAACGACCUCGUGCCCACUGCACCUUCUCUGGGCACCAAAGAAGGCUACCUCACCAAACAGGGCGGCCUGGUCAAGACCUGGAAAACAAGAUGGUUUACUUUGCACAGGAAUGAACUGAAAUACUUCAAAGACCAGAUGUCACCAGAACCAAUUCGGAUCCUAGAUUUAACAGAAUGCUCAGCUGUACAAUUUGAUUAUUCACAGGAAAGAGUAAACUGUUUUUGCUUAGUAUUUCCAUUCAGGACAUUUUACCUCUGUGCAAAGACAGGAGUAGAAGCUGAUGAGUGGAUCAAGAUAUUACGCUGGAAAUUGUCACAAAUAAGAAAACAGCUCGACCAAAGGGAAGGCACAAUCCGAUCUCGGUCGUUCAUCUUUAAAUAG